CUUGUCAAGCUUGGAUUAACGGUUGCUCAAAUACACUUUCAAAUACUAGUGAGAAAAGUCUACCGAGUUCUUCUUACUUGCGUUCUCCAGCAAGUGUCCACGUACCAUGGAAAACAAAGAAGAAUAAACUUCAGAUGAGUGUAAUUUAAGAAUAAAAGCAGUUAAAACAUUGACAACCACUUCCGAAAGUAGGAGUUCAUAGUGGGCACUUCAUAAAUAAUAUCCAAGAAGGCAUCCAAAUAAGCUAUCGUAUGUAUCAACUAUUUUUUCUGAUAUUCAAUCAAAUAAUCGUCAAAAAUUAAGAAAAGAUAAGAGAUUGAUCAAGAACACGAUCUGCCAUAUCAUCAUAGUUCCGAUAACAAGAAAAAUUCAAGUGUCAAAGCUUAUAAAAUUUGUGUAACAGAAAUAUUUAACGAAGACCUUUCGAAAAAAAUGGACUCGAUAAAUCAGAUAUAUAGUUUUACAUAUCAACCAAGUUUUGAGAUUACCCAACAUCUCAUGGAAGUUGGACUUAAAGCUGAGCUUCAUCGUAGCAUAAAUGAAGCUUGUGGUUCUGGUAAAUUCGGAAUUGAAAGAAUAGUACAUGAGCAGGAACUCGUUGAACUUACCGGUUUAUCAUUUAUGACAUUUGAUUAUAUUGUAUCAUCUAUGCAAAAUUACAGAGAUACGAGACUGAGUAUGCCAAAUAAGUUGCUACUAACUUUAAUAAAACUCCGAAGAAACGAAUCCUUUCAUAAUCUUCAUAUUAUGUUUGAAAUUGAUGUAAAUACUGUAUACGAAAUUUUUGUUGAAGUGUUAAAUUCUCUUUGGUCUGUAUUGCACGGUUUCAUUCAUUGGCCUACGAGGGAAUUAGUAAAGUCUUCAUUACCACCAGUAUUUGAUAAGUAUCAUCCUAAUGCUCGUGUUAUUAAGGAGUAUAUAACCACUAAAAUCAAGGACAAUCAAGACAUAUCAUUAUUUCAAGGCCAAAGCACAGCUAAAUUUUUAGUUGGAAUUUCACCGACUGGUGUCAUUUGCUUUGUCUCGAAGUGUUAUGCUGGAACAACAGAGAAUUCUUUUGUAACAGAGAAUUCUGGUCUACUUGAUUUAGUCGAUCCAAGAGAUGUGAUUAUAUGUACUAAAGAAUCGUCUAAUCACUGUGACGAAGUACUCGAUUAUAUUGGGACAUUAAAACAACGCAUAGUGGAUUUCAAUAUUCUCUCAAACGUAUCUUCGGAUUUACUACCACAUAUGAAUCGCAUCGCUUUUGUUGUUUGUGCAUUAGUUAAUGCACAAACCCUCACCGAUUUAAAGAUAAAAAUGAUGCAGUUAUAAUUCUAAAUAUUCAACUUAUUUUGCAUAAUAACAAAACAAUAGCAACAGUAGUUUGUAUGCAUUUUUUUAAUGUUCUUUAUUUAUAAAAUAGUUAUGAUAUCUUUGUUUUAACUUUUUUAUUUAAGCGUAAUUAAGUUGGCGUUUCAAAAUAUUGACGCUUUUU